AUGCAUCUGUUUACAGAUUGCGAUUAUGCUAGAGCUGUUUGGAGUCAGAGUGGAUUGCUAUUAAUUGCUCGGGGAGUGGCCUCCUUUUCUAAUUGGUUAGAUCUUCAAAUCACAUCCUUGGACAAAGAUAGUUGUGGCUUGCUACUGAUGCUCUGUUGGAAGAUUUGGCUAGUCCGAAAUGACAAGGUUUGGAAUGGUAAAUUGAUGUCACCCAGCAGUCUAGUAGAAGGUGCAAGAAGGUAUCUUCCGGACUGGGUGAAUACGGUUAAGGGUGAUUCCGCCUCAUCAAGCGCCAGGAACUCACCAGUUUGUAAGUGGAAUUUACCAUCUCCAGGUUUCUAUAAGUUGAACACGGACACUCCAGUUUGUAAGUGGAAUUUACCAUCUCCAGGCUUCUAUAAGUUGAACACGGACGCUACAGUUUUCACUCUCAACAUAAACAUGGGCUAUGGAUGGGUCCUCAAAAAUGAUACCGGUCAGUUUAUUGCAGCGGAGUGCAUACCAGACAACGACGUCUUCACACCAAUGGAAGCGGAAGCAAUGGCUAUUAGGGAGGCAGGCGGCGUCUUCACACCAAUGGAAGCGGAAGCAAUGGCUAUUAGGGAGGCAGGUUAUUCAAAGUCUAAAGCGCGACGACUCUUCUUGCAAUCUUUUCCUUCUUGA